AACCAACCAGGAAGAAAGACAGCCGAAACAAAGAACAAUUCCGCGCCAAGAAGGACCAAAAAUUAGAAAUUUCCCAAAUCAAAAGCUGAACCCUAAAAUUAAUGGCUGAAAAAUUGGCCCCUGAGACACGUCACAGCUUCGUCCACAAUGGCCAGAAGGUGUUCGAGUGGGACCAAACGCUUGAAGAGUUGAACAUUUACAUAACUCUUCCAGAAAAUGUCCCUAAGAAGCUAUUUUAUUGCAAGAUUGAGUCUAAGCGUUUGGAAGUUGGGAUCAAAGGCAAUCCCCCUUACCUUAAUCACGAUCUUAUGAGCCCUGUUAAGACCGAUUGUUCCUUCUGGACUCUAGAGGAUGAUAUACUGCAUGUAACUUUACAGAAGAGGGAUAAAGGUCAGACAUGGUCUUCUCCUAUAAUGGGCCAAGGGCAAUUGGAUCCUUAUGCCAGUGAUCUUGAACAGAAAAGGCUCAUGCUUCAAAGGUUCCAAGAAGAGAAUCCCGGUUUUGACUUCUCACAGGCACAAUUCUCCGGGAAUUGUCCUGAUCCAAGGACCUUCAUGGGGGGAAUUGGCUCAACUUGAUAUCUACUAUCUUGAAAGAUUCAUUGUAUCUAUGGACCUUACUAGAUAUGCAUUGUCAUGAUAAGAAGCAGGCUGAUAAGCUCUCUCCACUGAAAUUCCUAAAUGUAUUAUGAAAUAUUACUUCGGGGUAAUCACCUUGUUCACUGUUAAGGCUUAUUAAUCACUUGGUUGUUGAUUGAAUAUAAUGAUCCUUCAGAAC